UGAGAGCUGACAAUAUUUCCAUGUAUUCCUCAGCUUGGCUGGAGACACAGCCCCUGAAUUCUCUGAGUCACUGCUCACUUACAUCCUGCCCUGCUCCAGCACUUCCUCAUUCACACAGGAGCUCCUUGCAGCAGCAGCACGUCUGGAUCUCAGCACGUGCAGAGGGACACGGGGAGAUCCCACAGAGCCCUCCCUCCCUGUCAGGACAAAGCACCUGCCUCCUGUGGAAGCUGAGCAUCCCUGAACAGCCACCAAAGGUGACAGUCCAGGAGCUGGGACAUGCCCAUGACUGAGCUUUGGUUCAACAACAGAGACAUAAGUGGCAGCUCACGUGUCUGGUGAAGCUCCUGACAGAUUCCCAAGGGCUAGGAGGCACAAAAUGAAAUGGGAGACUGCUCUCUGGAUGGUUGCCUGCUCACUGCUUGCUUCUCUGCCCAGAGGUCAGCUGGACACCACGUGCCACGCAUUUGUUGGAGAAACUGUGGUCCUGCCCUGCACCACCAGCCCUCCUGGAGAGCUGGCCCUCGCCAGGUCCAUGCUCUACUGGCAGAUUGGCACCAAGCAGCUGGUGCACUUCUUCCAGAAUGGGCACGAUUCACUGGACGGCCAGGACAAAAAGUUCCAUGACAGAACCAGUCUUUUUCUGGACCAGAUGAAACAUGGCAACUUUUCCUUAAAGAUCUCCAAUGUCCAGUUAGGGGAUGAUGCUGAAUAUUCCUGCAUCUACAGACAGACUGAGAGCCACCAAACAAAGAAAUCUACAAUUAAACUCAAUGUAUCAGCUGCACCUAGGAUUGAGGAGCCACCUUCCCCUUCUGAGCAGAAUCAGAUUCCCUCCGGAAGCUCCGUGGAUGUGCCAAGCCUGGCUCUGCUUCCCCUCUCUUUCCUCCUCCUGGUCCCCCUGGGGCUUUGGCACUUGUAACAGGGAAAUCCAACCUUGUCUUUGGAAUUUCUCCUCCCCAGAGGACCUUUCUGGGCAGGACAGGUCUGUGGGGUCACUGUGACACCUGCUCCAAGAGCUGAGAACAGACCAAGCAUUAUUAGGUGUUUUCGUCCCACAUUCUGGUCUUCCACAAAACCAAGGGCAGUAAAACUCUGAGGUGGCAAUUCUGCUUUUGCAUUUGUUUCUUGGAGUCCAGUUUUAGUGCUGCCAGGAUAUACAAUUUAUUUUGGAUUGUGUGGGUUUGCUUUAAUGACAGGAGGAAAGGCUCACAAAACUCCAGGAUUGGAUUAUAGCUGAUCCCAGUGAGAUCUUUUGCAUUUCAUCUGCUGUCCUUCAAGACAACUGAAAGGAGGAGUGGGAGUAACUACUCUCUGUGUCAGAAAAACUGGAAGUAGGAAAGCACUCCCAUUGUCUGAAGUGUGAGGAUGGCAAGCUUGUGAAACUUGAUUAUGUGGAACUUCAGCUUCUGUUUUCACUCCUAAACGUCAUGGGCUAUGAGUAAGAACUCUUUUUUUCCACAAGAAAUGUAGUAUUUCUUCAGCAGAAGGGUGAAGCUGACCGAGAAAGAAUGUAGAAAUUCAUAAAAUAUCCAUAUAGAGGAAGGAAGUGAUGUAUUACUAUAAAAUCCAGCUAAACAAGCCAAAAAAUUCAGAAGGCUAAAUUCAGCAUUAUCUUUUUCUGUCAUGAAAUAUGGCAAAGCUGGAUUCUUAAGCUGGAACUGUGCAAUGAGAAAUCGUUACUGUGACAAUGUUACUUCUUUAAAAACAGUACCUUUGGAGGGGAGAAAAACCAUUUAAAAACUCAUCAGAAUGCUUGCAAUCGAUACCUAUGCAAACUAAAGGAGUUUAUUUCUAGAAAUGUUCAAUUCAGGUAGCAGAGGUGUCCUGUGCAAAACUUGGGUCCAAAGGAUCCUGCAUACAAACAAUGCUGAGGCAGUGCAGAAGUUUUUUUCAGGCCAGAACUGCAACUCCCCUGUUUCACAACCAAAAAGCAUCCAGAGAACAGAGCUGAGACUGAACCAGCAGAGACUGAACACGCUGAGCCUCGGGCAGGGGGAAUGAUUCACAAGGAUGCACAAAGUCACUCUGAUUUGGAGCAGUUGCACCUUUUUAUUUUUCCAUUGGAGAGACAAGACUGUUUUUGCAAGGAAGGGACAGAAUAAAUCAGAGCUGAAAAUGGACACAGAGGAGACAAUUACCUUUGAAUUUCUUAGCUAAAGGCUCUUUCUUCAUGGUGGGGAAGAGAAACAAAAUCCCACACGUGGCCUGUGUGGGUGCUGCAGUGAAGCUCAGCUGAUAUUUGGCUACCCUGAGUACAGAGCAGCUCAGUGGAACAGCUGGGGUCCAAGAGCACAGAGAGAUUUGAUUGUAAUAACUGUACAUGACUGUCUUUUUGUGUCCCACCCUCCAAAUGUUUGUCUCAGAGUUUGUGUAUUUUUCAAGACACAAUUUGAUUACAUAUAAAAACCUGAAAUAAAACCAAAAACUCUGAUGAGAGCAA